UAUUUCAUAGCAGAGAGAUGCCGUUCUUCUCUCUUAUCAAGGCACCUUUCUCUCUAAAAAAUCCUCAGAAUCUUCUUCAAUGGUGACCGCUAAAACCUAACAAAGAUAACCUGGCUUUCUCCGUAAACUUAAAAUCACAGCAAUAAAUUUAUAUUCUGAUAAUCGAGUUCUGCUUUUUUUUUUUUGUCGAAUUAUUGAUUUUUUUUCCUUUUUUUUAGAGACCUGGAUGAGUUUUUGAUCCACGAGGAGAUACAAUCGAGUGUGCUAUUGAAUGUUUGUUUUUAUUUGAGUGGAAAAUUAGCGAUUUAGUGACAUUUUGCACUGGAUUUUUAAGGAUUUAGGGUCUGGUUAGAUUCGAUUGCGAUUUUAUAAUGGAGUUUACGGAGGUUAAAAAAAGGGGUAGAGGUAGACCGAAAAAGCGGAAGCUAAAUGAGGAGGAGAGUGAAGAUAAGAAAUUAGUAGCUAGUGCUUUGAAAAAGCAAGCUUUGGGUUUUAGAUGGAAGCCAUUAGUGGGUAGGUAUGUGUUGAAAGAAUUUGGGAGUGAGAUUUUUUUAGGGAAGAUAGUGUAUUAUGAUACUGGGCUGUAUAGGGUGGAUUAUGAAGACGGGGGCUGCGAGGAUUUGAAGAGUGGUGAGUUUCGUAAGAUAAUAUUAGGGGAUGGUGAUUUCGAUGAUGAACUGGUUCUUAGAAGGGAAAAGUUAGAUGAAUUUGUUUUGCAAAAGAGUGAGAAGAGGAAGGUGGAAGCCGAGAAGGAAGUGGUGGAUUCAAAAAACGAGUUGGGUGGUGGGUUGACGGUUGAGAAUGAAGGGGUGCAUGAUGAGGAUUAUGCGGAUUCCUCGAGUGAUUCAUGUGAGCAUGUGCGUGUUGGGGGUUUGGGAAUGGAAGUGGAGACUCCAGUUGCUCCUCCACCGCAAUUGCCUUCAUCAUCAGGGAGUAUUCGUGUGCCGGACGAGUAUGUCUCACAUCUCUUUUCCGUGUACACAUUUUUGAGGUCAUUUAAUAUCCGUCUUUUCUUGAGCCCUUUUACAUUGGAUGAUUUGGUGGGGGCGAUUAAUUGCUCAAUCCAGAACACUUUGUUGGAUGCCAUUCAUUUUGCUUUGAUGCGAGCACUGAGACGUCGUCUUGAAGCACUCUCUUCAGAUGGUUCUGAGCUUGCAUCAAAAUGCUUGAGGAGCGUGGAUUGGCGCUUGCUUGAUUCACUCACUUGGCCUGUUCAUUUGGUCCAUUAUUUUACAAUAAUGGGAUAUGCGAAUGGAGCCGAGUGGAAAGGACUUUAUGAUCAUCUUUGGAAGAGGGAGUAUUAUUCCUUGCCAGUGGGUAGGAAGUUGAUGAUUCUGCAGAUCCUAUGCGAUGAUGCCUUGGAUUCUGUGGAGCUAAGAGCAGAAGUUGAUAUCUGUGAAGAGUCAGAAGUUGGCUUAGAUCCUGAUGUUGUUACAGCCAUUCUUCCUGAUAAUGGACCAACAAGGGUUCAUCCUAGAUGUUCCAAGACUUCAGCUUGCAAGGACAGGGAGACCAUGGAUAUCAUUGCAGGAAGCCAGGGAAGCAAGCCUUUCAGUAAUUCAAAGCAUUUGGGCUCCAAAGGUACUGAAAGGGAUGGGAAUGCAUCUGAUGCUGACGUAGAUGGGAAUGGGGAUGAAUGCCGUCUUUGUGGCAUGGAUGGAAUCUUGCUUUGUUGUGAUGGAUGCCCAUCAUCAUAUCAUUCAAGAUGCAUAGGUGUCGUCAAAAUGUAUAUACCUAAAGGCCCAUGGUAUUGUCCAGAGUGCACCAUCAACAAGUUGGGACCUACUAUUUCAAUGAGAACAUCACAUAGAGGAGCAGAAGUAUUCGGAAUUGAUUUGUAUGAGCAAGUCUUCAUGGGUACUUGCAACCACUUACUGGUGCUGAAAGCUUCUACUGGUGGAGAACCAUGUUUCAGAUACUACAAUCUGAUGGAAAUCCCAAAGGUUCUGCAAACACUUUCUGAAUCCAUGCAACAUAGAUUAUUAUACUCAGAGAUUUGCAAGGCAAUUGUACAGCAUUGGAACAUACCACAAAGUGCAUCCUCACUUUUGGAAAAGAUGGAAAGAGGCUUCGAUAUAGCAUCUGUGAAGGAAGAUGCAAUAUUUUCUACUAUAUCUCUUCCUUUUUGUGAGGAAAGCCAUGAAGUUCCAGAGAAUGUUGUGGCUGAGAAUGCAGUUACUUUAAAUGGAAGCAAUACAGAUAUUGUAGCAGUUUCAUGUCUUGAUACCUCGCUUGAUGCAUCGUUUCAAGUUGGUCCUCAGUACAUUGUGAGCGACGGUGAAAUGUCGAGAACAGGAAAUUGCCAUCUUAUGAGCAUGAAGCCGCAUGAGCAGAUUAAACUGGAGUCUACUGAAUCGGUUAACCAGCUUGCUGAUCCAUCUGGUGUAACCCAGCAAAGCCGGGUCGACAGGUCAAGUGCAAAAGAACUUACCACAUGCACAUCAGCAAACAGUGUAGGCAGUCGUAUUGAGAAUGAAAUUGGAAAUUGUUUACCAGCUUUUGUGUUUUCCCAAAGCAAGGAAGGCAAUCAUCCAGGCUUUGAAAUGGUUGAGAGAAAUUCAACAAAUAGUUGUUCUUACAUGGGAACUUUUUUCAAACCUCAUGCCUACAUAAAUCACUAUAUGCACGGGGAUUUUGCUGCCUCUGCUGCUGCUAAUCUCAGUGUUCUUUCAUCUGAGGAAAGUCACUCAGAGACUCAGAAAUCAGGCAAUGGCAGGAAAGCUAUUUCUGACAUUUUAUUGCAAGUAAAAGCUUUUUCAACAGCAGCCUCCCGUUUUUUCUGGCCAAGUUCUGAAAGAAAGCUUGUGGAGGUGCCAAGAGAGAGGUGUGGUUGGUGUCAUUCUUGCAAGCAGCCCUCCAGCAACAGAAGGGGAUGCGUGUUAAAUUCUGCUGCCUUGACUGCUACUAAAGGUGUCUCGAAGAUAAUCAGUGGACUUCGCCCAGUUAUGAAUGGAGAGGGAAGUCUUUCUAGCAUAUCAAUGUACAUUUUAUGCAUGGGGGAGAUUUUAUGUGGUCUUACAGUCGGCCCCUUUCUGAGUGCAAUUCACCGAAAACAGUGGUGUAAACAAGUAGAAGAUGCUUCAAGUUAUAGUGCAAUAAAACAGCCCUUGCUUGAACUUGAGGAAAAUAUCCGCCUUAUUGCUCUUUCUGGGGAUUGGGUCAAGGCAAUGGACGAUUGGUUGGUUGAAUCUUCUGUGACCCAUAGUUCUGCAAGUAUUAUUGGAACCGCACAAAGACGAGGAGUGAAUGGGAAACGACAUAGAAAACAUUCUGGUGUGAUUGACGUUGCAGCUGAUGGUUGCCAUGACAAAAGUUUUGUCUGGUGGCGAGGGGGAACUCUAUUAAAGCUUGUAUCCAACAAAGCAAUUUUGCCUCAGUCAAUGGUUAAAAGGGCAGCUAGGCAAGGUGGUUCUAGAAAGAUUUCUGGUAUCCAUUACACUGAUGAUUUGGAGAUUCUGAAUAGAAGCAGACAGUUGAUUUGGAGAGCCGCAGUCGAAAGGAGUAAGAAUGCAUCACAGCUUGCACUUCAGGUUAGAUACCUAGACUAUCAUGUGAGAUGGAGUGAUCUUGUUCGACCUGAGCAGAACCUCCAGGAUGGAAAAGGUUCAGAAACUGAGGCAUCGUUUUUUAGAAAUGCAGUCAUUUGUGAUAAGAAAUUUGAAGAAAAGACGAUACGAUAUGGAAUUGCUUUUGGGAACCAAAAGCAUCUUCCUUCCCGCAUCAUGAAGAAUAUAAUUGAAAUUGAGAAAACUGAAGAUGGAAAGGAUAAGUACUGGUUUUCUGAAUUGCACGUUCCUUUAUAUUUAAUCAAAGAGUUUGAAGAAAGCGUAGAUGUCAUUCCACCAUCAUCUAAUAAGCCUUCAAAUGAGUUAUCUGUGUUGCAAAGAAGACAGUUGAGAGCUUCCCGCAGGGAUAUGUUUUCUUAUCUUGCCUUUAAGAGAGAUAAGUUGGACAAGUGCUCUUGUGCUUCAUGUCAAUGUGAUGUUUUGAUUAGGAAUACGGUCACAUGCAGUUCUUGCCAAGGUUAUUGUCACCAGGACUGUACUGUAAGUUCAAGAAUUUAUACAAAUAAGGAAGCUCAGUUUUCAGUCACCUGCAAGCGAUGCUACAGUGCCAGAGCUGUUAUUUUUAGUGAAAAAAGUAACAAAUCUCUAACCAGUCCAUUUCCCUUGCAAGAACGUCAUACUGCAGUGACAGUUACAAAAGACACAGGGAUUAAAAUUCAUAAUCAACCAUUAGUGUCUGUCAGAACCCAGGAGAGUUGUUCUGAAGUGAAACAAAAUACUUCUGCUUCUAGUAAGGCAACAAAACCUGAAAGUAGAACCCAGGAUAGUUGUUCUACUUCCUCUUCUGGUAAGGCAACAAAAACUGAGAGUAGAUCACGUAAUUGGGGUGUCGUAUGGAGGAAGAAGAACAAUGAAGAUACAGGAAUUGAUUUCAGGCAUAAAAGCAUUCUAUUAAGGGGUAGUCCAAAUGGAAACUGGUUAAUGCCGGUGUGUAAUCUGUGCAGAGAGGAUUAUAAUUGUGAUCUGAUGUAUAUCCAUUGCAAAACUUGUUCAAAUUGGUUUCAUGCGGAAGCUGUAGAAGUUGAAGAGUCGAAACUUGCUGAUGUUAUAGGCUUCAAGUGUUGUAGGUGUCGUAGGAUAAAAUCACCAAAUUGUCCUUACAGGGUUGAUCAUGGAUAUGAGAAGCUAGAGGUUAUGAAGCCACAAAAGAGAGCAUCGGAGCAAGGAAUAGGAGCUGACUCUGGAACUAUUGUUGAAUCCAGAGGCUUUGAGCCAACUACUCCAAUGUUACCUGUUGAGAACGUGUUUGUACAGGAUGAUGAUCCUCUUCUUGUCUCUCUUUCAAGAGUUUACCAAAUUACAGAGCAGAAUCCUGGAGUGGAUUUGGAAUGUAACAUUGCUGGACAAGGGCAGCAAAAGCUUCCAGUCAGAAGACAAGGAAAGCGCCAAGGAGAUGCUGAAGAUAUUUCUGGGACUAAUAUAUACCAUGCCGAUUCAUCCAUGUUUCUUGAAACAAACAGUGCCAUGAACUGUGAAGGGGAGAUAUCUUGUGCAGAAUGGGAUGUUUCUGGUAAUGGCCUUGAAGGUGAGAUGAUGUUUGAUUGUGAAGAUGUAAACUACAAGGAUACGGAGUUUGAACCACAAACAUAUUUCUUUUUAACGGAGUUGCUGGCAUCUGAUGAUGGUGGCCAGUUGGAUGGAUUUGAUGCCUCUGGGAAUGGUUUGGGAAAUUGUGAAAAUCAGUUUCAUGCAGUUUCAGCACACGAGUUCCCAAAGCAACAUACAAUGGGCACAUCUUGUGACGCGUCUCUGCAAUCUGCUCCUACCACAAUGCCUUGUAAGAUGUGUUCUGACUUGGUACCAUCUCCUGAUCUUUCUUGUGAUAUCUGUGGCUUAGUGUUGCACCGCCAUUGUUCUCCUUGGGUUGAGUCUUCACCUGUAGAGGGCAGCUGGAGGUGUGGCAAUUGCCGAGAGUGGCGGUAGCUGGCUUUUGUCCUACAAAUUUUUGUUUUAUUUUUUUGUCAUGCGGGGAUUCUUCAGAGUUCUGAUGGAUGGGGCUGUAAAUUGAACAGCAGUCGAAAAAUCUCGUGUGAAGCAGACCUGCGCCGAGGUUGUGCCUUGUGAAGUAAAGAUGAUAACGAACCAGUUCAUGCUUCAUCAUUGUCAAAGCUGGAGAAGGUUUUGUAAAGUGCCAUGGUGAUAUCUCUUUCUAGCUCGGAUGUUUUGGUACUUGGUACAACAUGAUGCUUCAUCGCAAGUUCCCUCCCAUUUAAUCAUUCAGGUUCGAAGUUUAGAUUAAUUUUUUCAAGAAUUAACUGGGAUAAUUUCCCAAGGUAGUCCUCGAUUUGGCACUCUUAAAAUCUUGUGGAGUGAAUUACUUCACAAGCUUAAAAUAUUUUCCCUGAUAGGAAGAGAUAAGCAACUUUUUUUUCUUAUGCUUAUCUGAUUGCAUUGCAUGUAUAAAUCAAAGUUAAAUCACAAGUUUCUUGAGAUCGGUUGAAAUUGAUAUUUUGAGAA